GCGGGUUUUGUGCGUGAGAUACAUCUGUUACUAGUACUGCGGGUGGUAGUGGUGGUGUUAUUCGUUGUUGACGAGAGGCGAUGUUGUGACUUGUUGAUGUUGGAAUAGCGGCAUGGCAGUGGAGCUUGACUCAGGGGCUGGGAGCGACGGGAGGCACUGGCAGCCUGAAAGGAGAAAAUUCCAUUCAGGUUUGAGAAAAAUACGGUAAGAUGCUCGACCAGUCGCCGGUUUUCGAACACAAAAUGGUGGCAAGCAGCUACGGCAAACCAGGCUAUCCUGUCUCACCCUACCGAAGUGUGCUGACAAGUACGGAAAACUACCGUCACUCGAAAGCGAAGACAGAGCCAGCUCUGCCUCGUACGAAGCGAUUCCCGGUUUCCAUCCACACCAACUUGUUCGGGUAUAUAUGGCGGUAUACCCGAGUCCCUGCCGUCUCCACUGGCCACUCACACACCCUGCUGUCUCAAAACCCGGGUUAUUUUUAGGCCAACCAUGCUCCAUCGUGAUCAUGCGGAACAGAAAGAUUCAACUCUCAAUCAACUCCUGGAGGUUGGGUACUCAGUCCACAUCCUCGUCAUCAUGUCUUCUGGUUCAGGAUUGAACCAAAAAGCGAGUCCCGAACCAAGACUCAUACCUCAUAAUCUGGAGGGAAAUCAUCCCCACAAACAAGACCUUAGACACCCAGAUGAUCUGACCACCAAGGCACGCUCCCGCAAAUUGUUUGUUUACUUUAAUUCCCGGAUCGGCUGUGGUUGGGUAUCCCAUAGGCCAGCCCCUGGAUAAGAGAAUGGCUGGGCUGUGACGGCCGAAGCAUCAGGCGCAGGCCAAGUGCAAGCCGUCGAAUCCAUCGCGCGAUGCUAAUUUUUUGCUUGACAGCCGCUAAUGUGGACGAUGGACCUGCGCUUCUCCUGUGAUGUGGAUGUUAAGCUCCAUCAAGAGAUUCCACCGUAGCUUAUUCGCCGGUUCAGGGCACGAACGAGAUCAAACGCUUGUCAUGUGGGAGCCGGGGUCAGCCACCGGGUACGGGCAGACCGUCACUCGUGAUUGACUGAUUGCACUGCGCCACACACACUCGCUUCGGGCUCUAUUCUGGCUCGCGCAUAGACCCGCAGCCCCGUCGCUGCAGCUUUCGUAUAGGGCGUCUAUGAGACAACCUCCUGAAUUUUCAGGGAAAAGGAACAGCGAAAUCCGGUCAACCGCACCGCAGCAAGACCACCAUUCCCUUGGAUGGAUUCAAGUAACCAAAUCAUUCAGCCUCGCUUCUGGGGUUGAAGCCUGCUGGGUAUGGCUACUGUACCAAGCCGCCAACAUGUCACAAAUUUGGUGGACCGAGAUUUGCAGCCCCGAGCUCACACUACUUCGCUUACGCGACGCAUGAAUAAUGAUUGAAAGUUGAGUCUGGAAGAAUUGACGUCCCACACGAGGAGCUAAGACCCGGCAUAGAUCAUUGCCCCAGGCUAGUAGCAACCUUGGACCAGCCCAGGAUCCCGAUUCUUUGAAACCAGCGAAGCGUCUAUUGGGGGCAAUACAGACAAAGGAGGCUCACACUACCCCGAUGGAGCAUAGACGGGAGAGAAUCCAUUGAGAACAUUGGACGAUUGACCCAGCUAGUCGUUCCAGGAUGGCUGGUGGUCCUGUGCAAUCUGGCACGCCACCCUGACUGGCAGCUGCUUGUUUUCCCAAUGGGGGUUGACAGGUUCGCGCUCCAGGACAUAAAGGUCUACCGGGCCAGGUCAGGCUCAAGUCACCCGUCUCUCUUCUUUUUGACUGAUCAUCUACCCGGGGCCGAUAUAUUUCUUUCUUCUUAUCCAGACCCAGUGGCCGUUCCACUGGUUGUCUUGUCUCUCUUUUUCUUGUUGAUAGGGAACCUCCCCCGUACAUAUAGUAUACCUACUGGACAUUGGGGAGAACAAAGGGAAAGAACAUAUUAAUCCAAGACCAGUACACACAAUGGCGGUCGCAAGCCUGCUCAAGGCAUUCGCCGCCCUCACACUCGUUUCGUCAGUCGCCGCCGGCAGCAGCAACUCGAGCUCCAGCGUCUGCGCGACCUCAUCCAAAUGCGUCCCGUUCACCAUCGACGUUACCUGGGGCAAGCCUGAUUCGGAUAUUGGCGUUGAGCGCGAUGUCAUCUUGACCAACGGCACGCUGCCGGGUCCUCCUUUGAAGCUCAAAGUUGGCGACUGCGUUGACUUCACCGUCAUCAACAACCUCGACACCGUGACCGGCGUCCACUUCCACGGUAUCCGCCAGAAUGGCACUCCCUGGGCCGACGGUGUUCCCGGCGUGUCCCAAUACAGGAUCCAGCCCGGUUCGACGUACAUGUACCAGUGGACGGCCGAAGAGGCAGGCAGCUACUUCUACCAUGCCCACUACAAAGGACAGAUGAUGGAUGGCUUGUACGGCGCGAUCCUGAUCCAGUCGGCUGACGAUGCCGACUUGCCCUGGAGUCAAAUCAGCAGCAGCGACGACGACCUCAAGCAACUGGCCGCCGCCGCCGCUGAUGUCGAGACCGUCUUUGCCUCGGACUGGUCUCAAUUCACCUUCUCCGAGUUCUUCGAUAUUGAGCAGUCGGCCAACAUUGACGAUGCCUGCACUGAUUCCAUCAUCUUGAACGGCAAGGGCAGCGUGUACUGCUUGUCCAUCGCCGAGCUCACUGCCAACGCUGCUGUGCAAGUUCCCAAGAUUCUGAACGGCACCUCGUUGACCGCCAAGGGUUGUAUUCCGGCCAGCAACGCCUUGAUUCAAGGCACCAAAUACAACCGCACCUUGUCCGCUCUGCCCGCUGAGGCUUACGACAAGUGCACUCCCGUCACCGGCGCCAACUACACCUACGAAGUGGAUGCGUCCAACGGCUGGGCUGCCAUGUCGUUCAUCAACCCUGGUGGCUUUGCUCUGUUGAAGGUGACGAUUGACAGCCACAAGUUGCACAUCUACGAAUACAACGGCCAAUACAUUGUUCCCCAGACCGUGGAUCAAUUUGUCCUGGCCAACGGCGACCGCAUUUCGUUCUUCGUCAAGCUCGACCAGACCCCAGGCGACUACACUAUCCGCGUUGCCAACGACGGUAUCAACCAGGUCAUCUCCGGCUUCGGUACCCUGUCCUACAAGAACGGUGGCAAGAAGGCCAGCGGUGUCGCAGUCAUGAACUACGGUGGCCAGAACACCACCGCCAUCACGACCUUCAACGAGGCCGCUGCCGCUCCCUACCCAGCCCAGACUGUUGGCACCGAUGUGGCCACCACCUUCGUCCUGGACAUCAUGAAGUCGCCCUCGGACCCGACCGACUCGUGGGCCUGGACCUUGUCCGGUGUCCAGUCGUACAACAUGUCGCGCGAUGACGAGGAGCCUCCUCUGUUGUUCCAAAACCCGGCCAACGUUCCCGACAGUGAUCUGGUUCUGAAGACCAAAAUUAACACCUGGGUCGACCUGAUCCUGAAGGUCGAGGGUCCUAUCGCCCAGCCUCAUCCUAUCCACAAGCACGCCAACAAGUUCUUUGUUAUCGGCUCCGGCGUCGGUAGCUUCAACUACACCAGCGUUGCCGCUGCCCAGGCCGCUGGCUUGCAAUUCAACCUGGUCAACCCUCCCUAUGUCGAUGGUUACACUUCGACCCCUGCUGAAGGCAGUGCCGCCUGGAUGGUGUUCCGAUACUACGUCAACACCCCGGGUGCUUGGUUGUUGCAUUGCCACGUCCAGUCUCAUUUGUCUGGCGGUAUGGCUGUUGCCAUUUUGGACGGGGUUGACGCGUUCCCCUCGGUUCCCUCUGACGUCGGCAAGGUCUGCCCUGGCAACGGUAAGAGCGGUGCCACAGGCGGCAGCGGUUCCGGCUCGGGCUCAGGCUCUGGCAGUGGUUCUGGCUCUGGUUCUUCUUCUGGCUCCGGCUCUGGUUCUUCCAGCGGUUCUGGCUCCGGCAGCGGAUCCGGCUCCACCUCCGGCUCUGGCAAGGGCACCUCUUCCGGCUCUGGGUCAGGCUCAGGCUCGGGCUCAGGCUCCAGCUCAGGCUCCAGCUCCGGCAGCGGCUCCGGCAGCUCCCUCAGCAACUCCACCGCAACCACCACCGGCCCAGUCGCAACCUACACUGGUGCCGCCACAUCUCUGUCGGCUCCUCUCAGUCUGUUGUUCGCCGUCGCCGUCGCGGUGUUCAUGCAGUAAAUGCAUUGCGCCAGCAUCAUCCAUCAUCAUCUUCUAAUGAUACCCCUUUUGGACUCUGCUUAGGAGGACCGAAGACAACAAAAUUCGAGUGCACGGGAGGCAUUACCAUGGUUGGUAAAGCAUGGGAAAUUUUCUUUGGACCAUUAUUUCUUUUCAGUUGGGGUCUUAAUUCCCGCAUGCAAUAUGAGAUGGGGUGAAGUGGAAAUGGGGGACCCGGCUGUCUACCAACUUAUUUGUCCGUUUUUGCUCGUUGAUCAUGACCGUGGGGACGGGUGUUUUCUUUCUCUGUCUGUUUUCUUUUUUGGCCGAAGCCAUGCAAUGCAUGCAUAACUUACUCGCCCGCAUAUAUCAUAUCAUAUAUCAGAGACUCGGGAAGAAAGAUAUUCGAUCCCAGAUAUGUACUGUACACUAUUGUGUGUAUGUACGCGCUCGCAGCACAAAUCAAAAAUAUCACUGACACUAUAUUACCUGUUGUACUGUGUACUGUACUGUUCUGUUCUGUCUGCUACAGUCCCUGGGCAUCUACUGUACGGUAUAUAUAUGUAUAUGUCUAUAUAUAAUGCAAACGUGUAUGCAUCAUUGUGUUUGUGCCCGUGAA